AUGAUACUUGCUGAGUGCUCCAUAUGUCAAGAAGUACUAGGAACUGGUACAAACGAACACAUAUCAGCCCUCCUUUGUGGUCAUGCUUUCCACGCAACCUGCAUCAAGAAGUGGUUGGAAAGCUCCUCCACUUGUCCCCAGUGCCGCAUCGUGGUGUUUGGUUCAGAGAUCAUUCCGCGACUUUUCUUUUCGUUUAUUGAUGGCUCCUCUGAUUUCGGUGAAAGUAUCCAUCACGCUGAUGGCCUGCGACCCUCAAGUGUUCGUGAUGUUUCGUCGGCGCAUUUGGAGAUCGUGAGACUUCGUGGUGCACUGUCCGUCUUGGAAGCCCGAGCAAAGUUAGCUGAGCAGAAAAUCAACGAACAAGCAACCGAAAUAAACACCAUCUCUGAACUCUAUCGGGAGACUAAUGAACUCUAUCGACUUGAACAUCAAAAAUGCCUUCAGGCAAGAAUGCAACUGGCUGGCUACUCUAGGGUUGUGAAGGAAGCGCAGGAGAUAAAGGACGAGUGCUUCCAACUACGUCAAAAAACGAACGAACUGAAAGACAUCGAGGUCCUCGUCAGAUCAAAUGAAGAUGCCGCGAUCGAGUUGAUGCAAAAGUAUAAAAACCAGAAGGAUGAUUAUUCGCCCGAAACAAUAUGCAAUCUCUUUCGCUGGGUGGCUAUUCUUCGUGCGGAGCUAUCUGAGGCACAAAAUCGAUCGCGGAAAUACCGUACGGACGCACAUCGACUGCGACGUGCCCAUGCAGCGUCCACCAAACUCGUCGCUGAUCUAGAAAGACAAGUGGAGCGCUACAAGGGUCGCGCGACACAAAUGGAGUCCGAAAUGGUGCGCCUCCUGGAGGAAUCCGCACACAGUUCAUCGAUUGCAGAAUCUUUUUCUGCCGCGUCAACCACCCCCAACUGUACGCCUGCGAGCAUCAGGACGACAACUUUGGGUACUGAAAACAGGCUCAGCCUGAGACGCUGUCUGCAUCUCAUUGAUCUACCUACUCCUGAGAUCAACACCAAUAUUCCGGAACCCAAAUUGGGCGAUAUACUGCCCAAAGUCGCCAAAGUGACACCACGCGUUAAUCCGUUCAAAUGUGAGUCCACUCCCGGAGUAAAGGACGAUGCGGAUGCGAACAAGGUUUCCUUUUUGGACCUCGACCCUGACGAGGAAGCGGAACAGCUGCCGCCUCGCGAAACGUCUGAUCGUAGGCCUUCCAGCCUUUUCAAGCUCGCCAUAAUGAGAGAUUUUAAUAAAAAACCCAAUAACAGACCAGAAGCAUUUAAAUCUGCUCAAUACAAUGUACCUGAAAGACAGAGGCCGAGCAAAAGCUUGACCAAUCCCCGCAAAAAAUGGUCCGAUCCGAACCUCCCCAAAAAAUUCAUGUAA